CCAAGUUUAGGCGGGUGAAAGGGGACCGCAACAAUGGCAACCUCCGUGCAUGGGACCGAUGAAUAAGAGAGAAUAAGUCUGGCCUUAUUGUGCAAACAAGCGGCGGGAAAAAUGAAAUGAAAUGCUCGGCCUGAUGCACAUUCCAGGAUUCAGGGCGACCAUUGGCGGAGACGGCCUCAUGGCUGCCUCGCGUCGUCUAUGGAAAGCUCUCACCGCCUGAUGAGUCCCCAUCUAAUCUAUAAAAGCCCGUUUUCUCGCAUUUCUCCCCCAUCGCCGCCUCUCUCGCCGACGCCUUCGACAGCCCCGCCCUGCGCUCUGCCCUUCGUAAGUCCUCUUCCUCCCUCAAGAUGUCUGAUGAAGAGAUCCUUUCUGCAGCCAGGCGACAUUGUCGCUGUCCACCAUGCCGGCUCCAGGAGGGAGGGCCUCGUUGUGGCCACCAGUGACGACCAUCUGGGACGCAGGACGCUCGAAGUACAGCUGGAGCCCACGGAGCCUCUCUAUCGUACCUAUGCUCCUAUGGUCACCCGCGUAAAGCGCACAGUCUCAUACAUACGCCCAACACUCCCUCAGAGGCGUAGCGUCGAACGAUACGUCUACUGGUGAUCAAUAGCCUCUCAUCGCAAAUCACUGUGGAGGUUAUCUCAGGCCACGACAUCUCACAUCUCUGCGCGCCAGCUGCCUGUCCG